CGUAUCAAAUUACCAACAUUUUAACACUACCCACUGUGCUCAGGAGUUGUAUUGUGUUUCGCUCCUUCCUUCAAAUUAGAUAAACAGAAAUUUUAGUUUUAAAAAAAUUAGGACGUCAAUGCAGCGCUCAUCAAAAGUAAAAAUUCGAGCGCCACGAAAAUUCACUUCGAAUCAGGUAGAUUACAACGCUCAUUGGGAUGUUUUACAUAAUGCUGUGCAAGAUAUCUUCCACAAGAGUACAUCCCAACUCUCUUUUGAGGAGCUUUAUAGAAAUGCGUACAAGCUUGUCCUUCACAAGCAUGGAGAACGACUCUAUAGCGAUGUUAAGGAAGUAUUGAGGGCGAGACUGGAAAAUGAAGUAGCAUUAUCCAUAGCUGGGAACUUUGGAUCUUUAUUAGAAGCUGAGAAUUGGAGCUAUGUUCGAAGCAAAGAUGAUUUUUCAUUGUCAAUGAGAAAGCGUGAAGCAGCAAUUUUGUUUUUAUCUAAUCUCGUGAAUGCAUGGAAAGAGCACUUAGUAUCUAUGCAAAUGAUUUCCAGUGUACUGAAGUAUCUAGACAAAGUUUAUUCAAAAAUUUCAGGUGUUAUGCCCAUCUACGAUGCCGGUCUAAUUAUCUUUCGAGAUUCCGUACUUCUGAGUUCCCUCGAAAUCGGGCAAAAAAGCGUGAUCUGUAUUCUUACUUUAGUUUACUUGGAGCGAAUUGGUGAUUCAAUAAAUCGUCCAUUAAUUAAUUCUUGUUUGGAUAUGCUAAACUCUCUCCCAUCUGAGUCUAAGAAUGAAUCAUUGUAUGAUGUUUUAUUCACUUCAAAAUUCUUGGACAUGACUCGCGUAUUCUAUCGAGAAGAAGCUCAUCAAAACUUUCGGAUGUAUGGUGUUCUCGAAUAUCUUGAAAAAACCAAUUCAAGAUUGGAAGAAGAAAAAGAGAGAGCUCAAAAGUAUCUAUUCACCAAAGUUUCUUUUGCAUUACUUUCCGUGGUGGAGAAUGAACUUUUGACACAACAUUUAGAUAAUCUGUUGGGAAGUCCUGUUACGGGCUUUUUCGCCAUGCUUGACUCGUAUAAUCUAGAAGGGCUAUCUUCUCUUUACAAUAUGUUUUCCAUAGUAGAGUUGGGUAUCCCUUCGAUAAAAAGAUUUUUUGCCUCUUAUAUUUCUGAAAAAGGAAAGCUUAUUAAUAGUUCUUUGACUGUGAGCAAAGAAGAAGUACAAGGAAACUCGCAGGUUAUCACAAAAGUUUCAACUGCUUCCUCAUGGGUAACGAAAGUAUUGGAUUUGUGGGAUAAGCUUCGUGAAGUAGUGGUUAGAAGCAUGAAGGAAGACCGAUAUGUACUAAAUUCUCUUUCAGACUCUUUUGCUAAUUUCAUAAACGCAUAUCCAAGAGCUCCCGAAUUCACUUCUUUGUUCAUUGAUGAUAACCUGAAAAAAGAUUUGAAAGGACGAUCCGAAGAAUCUGUGGAAAAGACAUUGCAAAAUUCUGUUGUUCUUUUCCGUUUUCUAUCUGAAAAAGAUGUUUUUGAAAAAUACUAUAAAACACAUUUGGCGAAAAGGCUUUUAAAUAAUAGAUCCAUAUCAGAUGAUGCUGAAUUAAGCAUGAUAGGUCGUUUAAAGCAAGAAGCAGGAAAUGUUUUUACACAAAAAUUGGAGGGAAUGUUUACGGAUAUGCGAUUAUCUAAAGAGUUACUACAUGAAUAUAAAGGACAAUAUGAUCAAGAAUCUGAAAGGCCUCCAUUCGAGCUGAAUGUAUCUGUAUUGGCUUCGUCCUUCUGGCCUAUUGACCUUGUUCCUGAAAAAGUUAAGUGUGAAUUUCCCGAGAGUUUGAAGCCUUCUAUUGAACAUUUUUCCAAUUUUUACUUUUCCAAACAUACGGGAAGAAAACUAAUUUGGUAUCCCUCAAUGGGAAGCGCCGAUGUUCGAGUGCAAUUCAGGAAACGAAAGCACGACCUUAAUGUGUCUACUAUAGCUCUCAUCAUCCUUUUACAAUUUCAAAAUUUAUCAGAAUCCGAAAGUUUAUCUUACGAAGAGUUACUUCAAAGAACAAAGAUUGAACCUGGGGAUUUGAAACGUAACCUUCAAAGUCUUUCUUGCGCUAAAUAUAAAAUCUUACUGAAAGAGCCAAAAAGUCGAGAUAUUAACGCUGGUGAUCAGUUUACGUUUAAUGAUAAUUUUACGUCAAAUAUGGCAAGAUUAAAAAUAUCCACCGUUGCGCAGGUUCGUGUAGAAGACGAUGGGGAACGAAAACGAACAAUGGAGAAGGUUGAUGAAUCUAGAAAGCAUCAGGCAGAUGCUUGUAUAGUCAGAGUAAUGAAGGAUCGGAAAACGCUUGAACACAAUCAAUUAGUGGCCGAAGUUACUCGUCAACUGAGUUCUCGAUUCCAGCCAAAUCCUAUAAUGAUCAAACGGCGAAUUGAGGCUUUGAUUGAACGUGAAUAUUUGCAACGUUCAGCAGAAAACGGUCGCAUAUAUGAAUACCUAGCUUAACAGCUUUAUAUUUAUUUAAAGAAACGAGAAAAAAAUUAAAGCUUGAAUGCAAUACUCCUAAAUAAUCAGUUUGCUGUAAGUUGAUGAUGAUUUUUUGGAUUAAGUCGGCCGGAUUAUUGCCAAUGUCGUUUGCUUUUGUUGAUUCCGAACGAAGGAAUAUUUAUUCUUUUCAGCCUGAUGAUUACUUACCACUCUGGUAGAAAUUUUCGGUAACUCCAUGAGAGGAUAUUCCAUUUGUAGGAACAAGGAAGCUUCCGAAUAUUUAUUAUGAUUUGUGAUAAAGUCCAUAUUAGUGAGAGUUUAUCUAGGGAUUAUACAUUAUACAACCUACGUUUUACACAUUUUAACUUCUAAUAGCAGCAGGUAUCAAUAAACAUUGGAGUAACUACCGAAAGCUAAGUCAUUUUCAGUGAUGAA